GCCAAAUUCCAAUGAGAACUGCUAUCGUUGAUAUGUUUCUUUUCUGAAAUAUGUUGUGACUUAUUAUAAAAUAUAGUGUUUAUUCUUGAAAUUGGAGCAACACGAUGUCUUUAGAACAAACGGCUUGUGAUGAUUUGAAGGCGUUUGAACGCCGCCUCACGGAGGUAAUUGGAUGUCUGCAGCCCGCCACAUUGAGAUGGAGAAUUCUCUUAGCAGUGGUCUCGGUGUGCACAGCAAUGGCGGCGUGGCACUGGCUGACAGACCCACUUACACCAGUUGUAUCUCUCACACAGUCUCUCUGGAACCAUCCUUUCUUUGCAUUCACAUCUACAUUCCUGGUGGUGCUAUUCAUGAUGGGUGUACAUCGCAAGGUGAUAGCACCAAGCAUCAUCACAGCACGCACUCGCUCCGUGCUCAAUGACUUCAACAUGUCCUGUGAUGACACCGGCAAGCUCAUACUCAAGCCGCGUCCGGCCACAUAGCUGUUAGACAACGAAUUUAUGCAUAGUCGGUGUUAAAAGUUGACAGGUUGGGUGAGAUGAAAUUAUAUUAGGGUUUACUGUGAGAAAUGUGUACUGAAUACUUAGGGCUAAAAUCUGAUUUAUUAAGUGUGUUGGUACUCUUGGGACCCUCACUAUAUAUGUUUCGGCUACAAUAGAUGGCGUGAGUGUAGCCACAGCAUUCGUGAUGGAAAUUAUUAUUUUUAACUAAGCUAAUUGAGCUCUAUACCUUUUUGCCACUACUUGAAGGUCUAGAGAACCUACAAACAAUAAAAAAAUAUAUAUAAACCCUUCCUAUUUCCUUCAGGUUUACUCUGGGUUUGAAGUUAUUGACAACUUUAUAUUUAAAUUGAAUACUUUUAUAUGGGAAUGUAUAUUCAAUCAAUAAUUUAAAGAAAAUACAUUAGUAUUUUACCUCUUGUGGCACAAUUAAAAUCAUAAAUAAUGGUAAAUGAGAAAAAGACUAAAUCAUUUACGUUUUACACUGAAUGCACUACACGCACGCCAUCUAGGUAAUGGAUAGGAACUAGACUAGGAUCCCUACACCCUUGAGAGUAUUACAUUGUUAUUUGUAAAUUUGACAUGUGUAGAAUAUUUUAUAUGAUAGGUGGAUUCACCGAAUAGAAGAAAGAGUAUGGAAAGGCCCUAACGGGCAUUUUGUAUGAGAAUCGCUGUCGCCAGUUUAACCCCACUGGCUUUUACUACUCCUGCAAACAGAUAACUACGAUCUUAAACGUUGUACCGGUUGAGAGCCUUCAGCGCUCCCCAUUUGUCCGGCCAAGUAGUUAAUGCCAUCUGCGGCAAAUCUACAAUAUGUCACGUCACAAAAAAAAGACUGCUCAAAUUCAAACUCACUCUACCGGCAAUGUAUAUUUUAUGUGAUAAGCUGCAACAUUAUUACUUUCAGAAUCAGGAUCAGAAUCAGACAUUUAUUUGUAGAUAUGGGUACAUUAAGUUGGUCUUACUUUUCGUAAGAUACUGCAUAGGAAAGUAUUUUUUUGACAAGUAGCCGAUCAUAGUAAGGUUUUUAGCUUUCUUGUGAGAAGAAGGGAUAUCCUUGCAUCACAGUCGAUAUUUGAUUUUUGCCCUGCAUGUUAUAAUGCACAAGACGACCUUUUAAGAUACUAUAGCGGAGCCCCAUGCGUCGCAAAGUUUGCGGACGAGUGGAGUAUAAUGUCGAAGUAAGAACAAUUUGCUCAUACUUGUAUGGCGCGCGUUUCCCGCUCACUUGGCCCUUCCAACCUCUUUCUCCUAUUUCGUGAAUGGAUUAAAACGAAUUAAUUUGUUAUUUAGCAAAUUUACUGCUUGUCUUGAAGUCUCUCAGAAAUCCUAAGACAGCAAAUAAUGAAACCAUCAACUUUUACAACAGACUAAGCAUAAGAGGCUUAUUAAAAUAUAAGCCUUAGUAUUUGUCAUUAAAGACAAUAUUUCUAAACUAUUUUUAAUGUUGUAGAUUUUUUCAAUUGUUGUUGUAUCUUUUAAGCUGUGUACCUUAAUAGGGUCCAGUAUCAAUAAGACAUAAAAUCCCAAAAAUAAUGUACUAAUAAUAGAAUUCUGUUAUUAUUCACGUUGGUCUAACAGAAAGCUCGUUGAGUUGUGGGUACUUAGUUCAUCUUGCGAUGAUGUACCUCUGACUACCCCAAUUAGGAAAUAGUCGUGAGCUUGUGUUAAGAGAGUGAAAUAGUAAUAAACAGUAUGAACAAUAUAAUGUACCCACUUUAGGACUCUGUCGCACUAACAUAUUUGACAUUUCGCGAGACUUAACAGGUCAAUUUGUCAAAAAAGUUAAUGUGACAUGGUACCAAAGUGUAUACAUAUUAAUGCUCGUGACCGUACUACCAGCUUGUCUCAAAUAAUACGUAAAUGUGGCGCCACUGUUCUGCUAAGCAGCUUCAGCUGUGCAUGGUUCAUCUUCCGAUGGAUAUACAGGGUGUUAGUGACAUCGUAACGAAAACUUUGAGGGAUGAUUCAGGCCAUGAUUCUGAGUUGAUAUCAAGUGGAAUUUUCCGUUGCAAAAGUAUGGAACGGAAAAUAAUUUAAAUAAGCUCUAAAAUUUUCAUGACUUCUCCGACAGGAAAUUCCACUUGAUAUCGACUCAGAAUCAUGGUCUGAAUCAUCCCCUUCAGUAUUCGUUACAGUGUCACUAGCACCCAUACCUACUUGUAUGGCUACUGUAUGUACUUGUAUGGGGUGUAAGUGACAUCGUAACGAAUACUGAGAGGGAUGAUUCAGCUGAUUAUUCUGAGUUAAUAUCAAGUGGAAUUUUCCAUCGCAAAAGUAUAGAAUUGAAAAUAAUUUAAAAAAAACUAAAAAAAUAAGAUGAAUUUUGCGAUGGAAAAUUCCACUUGAUAUUAACUCAGAAUCAUGGUCUGAAUCAUCCCUCUGAGUAUUCGUUACGAUGUCACUAACACCCUGUAUCUUUGACUAGCCCAAUCGGGAAUGUGUCGUGAGCUGCAUUAUGUAUACCAAACGUAAUAGCUGAAUUUUUCAUCGCAGUCGUUUCCUAAUCUUUAGGAAAUGUAGGUUACGUCUUAUGAUAGGCCGUAGUUAGUACGGAAAAUGAUAAUAGGCUAGUUUCUAACUAGUCAAAUCAGUUACUUUUUACUAAACGUCAAAACACGAAACUACUAUGGAACUUGUAUGAAAUAGCACAGUGUGACGUCAUAGAAAAACGUGGUAAAAUGUCGGACUUAUUAUUACGUUUUUCUUGAUUAAAAUUCAAAAAUAUGUUAAAUAGAAAGCAAAUGUUUUUUGUUAGUUCUAGAUCAGUCUUUAUUUAGUAAUUAGACUUUUAUAAUUUAUCUUGAAACUAGUACACGACCCAAUUAAUUAAUAUGUAAACAGCCUUUUCAUCGUUCUACUGAAAAGAGUAAGCAUAUCUCAUCUAUGUAGCUACUGUGUUUAAUUGUACCUAGCAUGUUGAUGAGUAAUAAUAAUUGCGUGUUGUUUAGGGUUGAACCACAUCAGCAGCACCUCACCGCACUUUUCUAUGCUUCUAUCUCUUUCUGUUACUCAGAAACGUCAUUUGCUAGAGCAAGAGAGAGCGCUUUCGCUCUCAGCGGAAUCGACGAGGCGAUAGGGUUCGGUCGCUCAACCCUGUGGUUCAACCUUAAUAUAAUCACUUUUGCACGGCUAUCAUGCGCAACUUGAUAAAAUUAUCAAUCGGAUCAAUAAAUUUUGUCGAAAUCGAUAAGAUUUUCCCUAAUAUGCGUGUCACGUGAUUUUGUUCGUAUCUUGACAGAACGACACGACUUAUUUGGACAUGUUAGCAGCAAUCGAUAAAACAACAUAAUAGGCUAGUUUCCAACUAGUCAAAUCAGUUACUUUUUACUAAACGUCAAAACACGAAAUUACUAUGGAAUCUGUAUGAAAAACACACUAUGACGUCAUAGAAAAAUGUGUUUAAUUGUCGGACUUAUUAUUACGUUUUUCUUGAUUAAAAUUCAUAAAUAAGUUAAAUAGAAAAAAAGAAAAUGUUUCUCGUUAGUUUCAGAUCUGUCUUUAUUUAGUAAUCAGAAUUUCAUAAUUUAUCUUGAACGUAGUACACGACCCAAUUAUAUCGUCGGGAUCGAUAAAAUGACCGUGACAAAAUUUUAUCACGUCGCGCGUGUUAGCUCUACUGGUUAUGCCAUGUUUCAGAAUAAUAUUAUCAUACCGGAAUGUUACUAUUUUGAUAUUUGGUAAAACUAGCUGUUACUUUGUGUAAUUUUGUAAAUAUUACUUAAGAAUAAAUAAUUGAUUCAUUCA